GCGGCGGAGGCACGGCACGAUGGUGAAGUUUCUCAAGGCGAACAAGGUCGUGGUGAUGCUCCAGGGCCGCUACGCCGGGCGCAAGGCGGUCAUAGUGAAGAACUUCGACGAGGGCGGCGCUCGCCCCUAUGGCCACGCAUUGGUCGCCGGGAUCUCGAAGUACCCGAGAAAGGUGAUCAGGAAAUUGUCGCAGAAGAAGAUCGCCAAGAGGUGCCGAUUGAAACCCUUUGUCAAGCUCGUGAACUACAACCACAUGAUGCCGACGAGGUACACCCUCGAUGUGGAUCUCAAGAACGUUGUCACGUCCGAGAAGCUUGACACCGAUGCCAAGAAGAAGGCCACUCGCAAGGAAGUCAAGGAGCUUUUCGAGGAGAGAUUCAAAACCGGCAAGAACAAAUGGUUCUUCACAAAGCUCCGGUUCUAGACCCUGUUCUUCUUUCGCAGCUGAGACUAAUGGUAAACUACGACGCCUUUCUUCUUUUCGGAGGUUUUCCUUUGAAUUUUGCAAUCAAAAUUACAAGCAAGAGAUACAUUCGCUAAGGA